UUUUCAAAUUGGGGAUAGGGUAGGAUAGGCGUUAGGGGUUGCUGGGUUAGGGGUAGGACCUUCAUUGCGGAAGCAGGUUCAAUUUCUACAUCUCGGUAGGGGUAGGAAAAUGGGGGUGGAGAUUAUACAGUGGGAAAUCGAGUCCUCAUCAAUAAGGUAAAAGUUCAAGUAGCCAACUAAAUGAGCUACUAAGAGUCCUCUUCUGAUAUCAGUUUUAUUGGCGGAAACCGAUAAGCAAGGAUAGGCUGAAGUUUUUUGAAGGGCGUUUGUGAUGGAGGUUUGAUAGGAGGGUCACGGGUCACCCUAUUAUGUCUAAACACGAUUUAACUAGACUUUCGAAAACUGUGAUCUAUUUCCCAUAUUGAUUUCCUUUACUCUCAUUCGUUCUUGAUUGUAGCUUUCAAUGAUUGGAGAUCCAUGAUAAUGAUAUGAUUCGAGGUUUUCAGUGGGAAAUUGGGGUUGUGAGAGUAGUGAAACUUCUAGGGUUUGGGUGGUCGAAUAGGCAGAACAAUCUUGAGGCAGAGAAGAUACUUGGGAUGAUGUUGCUAGGGUUGAGAAAGUACAUGAUGGGCCAUGAGGCAGGAGAAGGGCAUUCAAAGGCAGUGGGGUUAUGGGAGGUGGCAAAGGUGAAACAAUUUGAUCAUGUUUCCGGGGCUAAGAAAACUGACCAGCAUUGAUGAGUUUGAUGACUGAUGAGAUACACCAAAGCCGAGAACUGGUUCUCAAUAAUUUCUUUCCAACAUUUUUGAAUUACAUAACUACUUGAACAUAAGCUACAACAAAUAUUGGAAGCCAGUGUGGUGUUGAACUUUGGGUGGAUUGCUUAUCUUUCUUUUUUCAUGGCCAACCUGGUUCGCGCAAAUGCGAACAAUGAAAAGGUCAAAGCUGUUGCUGCAGUUGUCCUCAAGGGACAUUGGGACAAUCUUUUGAAGCCUAAGACCGGCUCAUUUGUGACUUCCACCGCUAUUAGUCAAGCCCUUCUUCAUAUAUCGCAAUAUUAUUUCUCCCUCUCAUGGUCAUUCUUUCAGUGGGCCGAAUCCGUUCCCAAUUACAAGCAUUCGUUGCAAUUCUCUUGGACUAUGAUUUACAUACUUACCAAACAAAAACACUUCAAAAUUGCACAAGCCAUGCUUCAAAAGGUGGCAGUCAGAGACUUUUUAUCAUCACCGACAGUGCUGAAUGCGCUUGUGAGCUCCAAUCUGAAUAAUGAUGUGAACUCACAUCUUUUAAGUUGGUUGGUGAUAUUCUAUGCUAAUUCAAAACUAACCCAUGAUGCAAUUCAAGUUUUUGAGCAUAUGAGGGUUUGUAAGCUUAUGCCCCAUGCGCAUGCUUGUACUACCCUUCUGAAUUCAUUGGUGAAGGAUGGGUUGACUGAUACUUUGUGGAAAAUUUACAAAAAGAUGCAAAAAAUAGGGGUGGUUCCAAAUAUAUAUAUCUAUAAUGUGCUUAUGCAUGCUUGUUGCAAGUCUGGUGAUGUUGAGCGGGCUGAAGAUUUAUUGAGAGAAAUGGAGUUUAAAGCUACAUUCCCUGACCUUUACACUUAUAACACGUUGAUAUCACUGUAUUGCAAGAAAGGCAUGCAUUAUGAAGCUUUGUGCGUGCAGGAUAGGAUGGAAAGAGCAGGAGUACGUCCUGAUAUUGUAACCUAUGACUCUUUAAUUUACAGUUACUGCAGGGAAGGGAGGAUGAGGGAGGCUAUAAGGCUUUUCAAGGAAAUUAAAGAUGCUACCAUUAACCUGGUUACUUACACUACAUUGAUAGAUGGGUAUUGCAGAGCCAACAACAUUACUGAAGCUUUAAGAUUGAGAGAUGUAAUGGAGGCAAAGGGUUUGUAUCCUGGGGUUGUUACUUACAAUUCAAUUCUUCGGAAAUUGUGUGAACAAGGCCAGAUGAAGGAUGCAAAUAUACUAUUAAAUGAGAUGAAUGAGAAGAAAGUUGUACCUGAUAAUGUGACUUGCAACACUUUGAUUAAUGGUUACUGCAAGAUCGGGGAUAUGAAAUCUGCUCUCAAGGUGAAAUAUAAGAUGUUGGAAAGUGGACUGAAACCUGACCGCUUCACUUACAAUGCUAUGAUUCAUGGAUUUUGUAAGGUAAAGGAUACAGAUGGGGCCAAAGAAGUAUUAUUUGACAUGGUUAGGAUUGGACUUUCCCCCAGUUACUGCUCUUAUUCGUGGCUUGUGGAUGCUUACUGCCACCUGAAUAAUGAGGUAGCAGUUGUCUCAUUGCCAGAUGAGUUUACAAGAAGAGGUUAUCUUGUUGAUGUGUCCUUUUAUAGGGCAAUCAUAAGGGGGUUGUGCAAGAGAGGUAAAAUUGACGGUGCUGAAAAAGUUUUCCACAUUAUGCAAACAAAGGGGGUGCGUGGAGAUAGUCUAAUAUAUGCUACUCUUGCAUAUGCUUACUUUAAGGUAGGGAAGUUUGGUGCUGCGUCAUAUUUGUUAGACGAUAUGUACAGAAGAAGGCUAAUGAUAACCCUCAAAACGUACAAAAGUUUUAAUGCUUCUUACUCUGACGAGAAUACCCUUAUAGAUAUGUUUUGGAGUAACGUGAUGCAAAGAGGUCUGAUUUCCAGAACCGUCUACGAUGACAUCCAGCAAUUGAAGAUGCUAUAUUAGAAACAAAUUGGCUUCUGACGUCUUUGAUUCUUGAGGUAUGGAUAUCAUAGCUGAAGCACUCUGUUGUAAGCCUGAGCAGUCUCUGCUAAUAAAUAUGAUUCUGUUGUGCUCUCACAAAUUCUCUCUGGAGACAUGAAGCAAGAACAACACUGUCAACUUUUCACAAAGGUGGUUGAGCCAUGUUGUCAUUGUGCUUCUUUCUGCUGGGAAUCCUGGAAUAUAUCAUAUUUCAAAUGUAUAAGGAAGAGAUUGGCAGUGGUUCGAUUGGGCCUUUCAUAUGCUUUUUGUGCUGGUUUACUUGAAGGUAGCAACUAAUACUUCUAUGACAUUACAUUGUCGGCAAAAUGAGGAAGAAUCUUUGAUUCAAAAAAGGUAUCCACCAUGCUGAUACCGUAUGUUCUAAUUCUGUGCUGCUGGAUAUAUUUUAAUGGACACGACAUGGAGGCAGUCGAACUUUUUCGAGACAAAAAUAGAUGUGGUUCCUGAUGAAGUUACCUUGUGUGAUGUUCUAUCUGCCUGCUGCCAUUCUAGUUUAACUGAGCUUGGAAAUUUGCUUGAUUGAAUCGAGUAAAUAUGCAACAUAUCAAAGAUAUCAGAAAUGGAGAUUAGCUUGGUAGUUGGUGGUGCAUUUCUCUCUUCAGCUUUGAGUGGUCUCUUUGAUAGGUUUGCUCCUCAGGUUAAUCUGCUCAAGAUGUUUCAGAUGCAUAAGAAUGAUGUUCGGCUCUUUAAGAGGCUGAAAAUGACUUUGUUUGGCCUUCAGGCUGUGGUAAGUGAUGCGGAGAAUAGGCAAGCAUCAAAUUCAGUUGUGAACCAGUGGUUUAAUGAGCUUUGAGGUGCUGCGGAUGGUGCUGAAAACUUAAUGGAAGAAGUCAAUUACGAGGCUUUGAGGCUUAAGGUGGAAGUUCAGCUUCAAAAUCUUGCAGAAACAAGCAACCAGCAAGUAAAUGUCCUUAACCUGUGCUUAAGUGAUGAGUUUCUUCUUAGCAUAAAGGAGAAGUUGGAAGACACCAGUGAAACAUUGGAGGUGUUGGAAACUCAAAUUGGUCGCCUUGGCUUAAAGGAGCAUUUUUAUUCGGGUAAACUAGAAACUAGAAGACCUUCAACUUCUUUGGUUCAUGAAUCUGAUGUCUUUGAUAGGCAGAAUGAAAUAGAGGAAUUGAUUGACCAUUUAUUGUCCAAGGAUGCAAAUAGAAAUAAUCUGUAGUUCCUAUUGUUGGAAUGGGUGGCGUGGGUAAGACAAAACUUGCUAAAGCUGUUUACAAUGAUCAGAACCAUUUUGAUUUGAAAGCUUGGUUUUGUGUCUGAUCCAUAUGAUGCUUUCAUAAAAACAAAAGGCAAUCCUUUGCACUUGUUGCAAUUUGUUUUCUAACCUCUUCAAGUUCUGGUUGUUCCACAGGAAUCCUGUUUUCUAUGAAUGCCGUUUGAAUAAAGCCCAAGAGACUUCAUCAGACAGAGUCCCCUUAUUGAUUGCCCCACGACCCAUCAUCAAGGCGACACUCUCUUUACGUGUCGUUACAAUGAUCUUACUUCCUAUAUCCCCUUGUACAAAAAGAUUUCUCAAUUCAUCCCACUCAUUAUAGCUGUCAUUCCAGACGUCAUCCAGAACAAUAAGGAACUUUUUGCCUUUUAAGCUUUCCUUCAGUUUGACUUUUAGCUGAUUAUGAUUGUCACCAUCUAUUAAACCAAUUUCUUGAAGUAACAAUUUUGUUAUUCUGAAAGCAUCAUAUGGCUCAGACACACAAAAAUGGAUUUGUGGGGAGACAUUUUAAUAAGUGAAAUAUGGGAGCUGUCAAGUCGUUCGAAUGGUAGCUUACCAGCUUUGAUGUUGAGCUAUAAUGAUGUUCCUGCACAUUUUAAGCAACGUUUUGCUUAUUUUGAUUUGGAAGCUUGCUUUUGUGUGUCUAUAUGAUGCUUUCAGAAUACAAAAGGGUUACUUCAAGAAAUUGGUUUAACGGUUGAUGACAUCUUAAUCAACUACAAGUCAAAUUGAAGAGAAGCUUAAAAGACAAAAAGUUUCUUAUUGUUUUGGAUGACAUCUGGGAUGACAACUAUAAUGAGUGGGAUGACUUGAGUAAUCUCUUUGUACAAGGAGAAAUAGGAAGUAAGAUCAUUGUAACGACAUGUAAAGAGAGUGUCGUCUUGAUGAUGGGUUGUGGGGCAAUCAACUUGGGGACUCUGUUUGAUGAAGUCUCUUGGGCUGUAUUCAAACGACAUUCAUUAGAAAACAGGGAUCCUAAGGAACAUCCAGAACUUGAAGAGGUUGGAAAACAAAUUGCACACGGGUGCAAAGGAUUGCCUUUAGCUCUGAAGGCACUUAGUUGUAUUUUAUGCACCAAAUUAGAGAUGGAUGAGUGGAGAGACAUUUUAAGAAGUGAAAUAUGAGAGUUGCCAUGUCGUUCGUAUGUCAUCUUACCAGCUUUGCUGUUGAGUUACAGUGAUCUUCCUGCACCUUUGAAGCAAUGUUUUGCUUAUUGUGCAAUAUUUCCCAAAGAUCUGUUUUGCAAUGUCCAAGUUAUUCACUUGUGGAUUGCUAAUGGUCUUGUACAACAGUUUCAUUCAGGAAACCAGUACUUUCUCGAUUUGAGAUCAAGAUCGUUGUUCGAAUGGGUCCCAGAGUCUUCUAAAAGAGAUAUAGAGAAAUUCUUGAUGCAUGACCUUGUCAAUGAUUUUGCCCAAAUGUCGUCUUCGGAACUUUGUAUUAGUUUGGAAGAGAAUGAAGGAUCUCAUAAGUUAAAACAAAGUCGGCACAUGUCCUAUUCAAUGGUAGAAGGUGACUUUGAGAUAUUGAAACCACUCUCCUAGGUAGAGCAGAUGAGGAUAUUGCUUCCAAUCAAUCUCCAGCGCGGGUACUUAAUGAAGCUAAGCAAGAGGGUGCUACAUAACAGAUUGCCAGGACUAACAUCCUUAAGGGCAUUCUCUUUGUCACGUUAUGGGAUUGUGGAGUUGCGAAAACAUUUGUUUAUCAAAUUCAAGCUCCUCAAGUUUUUGGAUAUUUCUCGGACAAAGAUUAAAAAUUUCCAGAUUCGAUUUGUGUCUUCUAUAACAUAGAGACUCUUCUCGUGUCAUCAUGUGAUGAUCUUGAGGAGCUAUCACUGCAGAUGGAAAAGUUGAUCAACUUGUGUCAUCUUGACAUAAGCAACACUUCUCGCUUGAAGACGCCGUUAUCUGAGCUAGUUGAAAAGCCUGCAUGUGCUAGUCGGAGGCAAGUUUCUUUUAGGUGGUCCCGGUGAUUCAAGAAUGGAAGAUUUGGGUGAUCGGCAUAACUUGUAUUGAUCUCUAUCAAUUCUUGAGUUGCAAAAUGUAGAAGGGAAGCUCUGAAAGCAAACACAGGGGAGAAGAAUCUUGUUGAGAAGGUUAUCGUUGGAGUGGAGUGGAAGUAUUGCCGACAAUUCACAAAUUGAAAGAGACAUACUUAAUGAGCUACACCCACACACAAAUAUAAAUCACUGGAUAUAGAGGGACAAUAUUUCCAAAUUGGCUAGCUAGUCAUUCGUUUCCUAAGCUGCUAGUACAAUUGUCUCUUAGCAACUGCGAGAACUAUGAUUCCUUGUCAGCACUAGGACUACUUCCUUCUUUGAAAUUCCUUUCCAUUAGAGUGAUGCUUUGAUUAACAGAGGUGAGGGAAGAAUUAUGGGAGUUGCCUGAAAAUCUUUGUUCAAUGACAUCAUUGAGAAUUUCAAGUUGUUCUGAACUCAAUUUGGAGACACCUAUCCAACUUUCAAGUCAAACGGUUUGAAGUUUUUGGUUCUCCUGAGGUUGGAGUUCUUUUUGAUGAAGCUGAAUUGUUUACUUCCCAACUUCAUGGAAUGAAGCAGAUUGAUGAAUUAAUUAUUGCUGACUGUAACUCUCUUGCCUCCUUACCUAUUAGCAUUCUGUCCCGUACCUUGAAGAAAAUAUGGAUAUCUUCUUGUCAGAAAUUAAAUUUGGAGUCGUAAGUUAGUGAAAUGAUUUCUAGUAGUUAUUGUAACAUAUUUCUCGAGGGUUUGAUACUGGCUGAAUGUGAUUCUAUUGAUGGUAUAUCAACUGAGUUGGUCCCAAGAGCACAAACUUUGAGGGUAGGUGGUUGCCACAACCUUACUGGGCUUUUGAUUCCUACUGGGACUGAAAGGAACACCUGUGAUGAUUAAAAUGAAGGGCGCUCGGACAGAUUUGUCAUUGUAGGAGUUGUUCAAUGUUGUCUUCAUUGCCUUAAAGUUCGUCUAUACGUGGAAUCACAGGAAGAGCAUGAAUGGUCAGGAACUAUGCAAUCAAAAAUGUCGAUAAAGGAUUUUCAAACUCAGUUCUUUUUCACAACGCAGCCGUCUACCUUGUCUUCCUUGAGAUGAAGCAUGACUUGCUGCACAUGGAACAUACAACUCUAAUGGAGCCCAAAGGAAAAUGAGGAAAAAAUAGUUGUUCAAUGAAACAUGUAAGGAAGCAUAUUGCCCAUUAUGGUUAGAUUAUAAGUAAAAACCAUUACUUUUUCAUUAUCAGGAUUUUGACAAAGCCCAACGAUUAUUUGGAAAGGGAAAAGUUUCGGAGGUCUCUUACUCAAGUCAAGAUUACGGGGAAGUGGUUGAAUCUCUAAGUGGUAUUUAUUCUUAUGUUGGAUGGAACAUCAGAACUAUGCAUGUAAUAUAUUGUUGGUUUUGGCAUUAAGCUCACACAGCUUUAAAAUGCAUCGUUGCUUAUAUAGCAGCAAUCAACAUCUCCUCAUUGUUUUUCCAAUCUGGUAUUUUGCCUUAGGAUGAUACAACAAAGUUCUAUUUACUCUGGAUACAUCUUGGCCGAUGGAAAGUAAAAGACAACAUGGUUAUUGGACUUUCUGAGUUGAGUUACCUUAACUUCUUGAGGUGUAAUGGUUAGAGCAAACUGUAAACGCUAUGUAAAAUGUAUACGAAACAAAGUAGACCUGAAGGAGUGAAAUUUGUUUGCGUAGUUUCUUGAUGUAGUUAUUACUGAUUAAAUGAUGUCUAGUUAAGUUCAUACUGCAUAAAAUUUCUUCACUCUAA